AUGUCUGAAGAAGAAAUCAUACCUUUUGUUUCAAAUUUCCCAGAAAUGCUAGUUGCAAAGCUGUGGGAUGACCCUGAGCCCAUCAAGAUAAUAGGUCCGCUUGUAGCAGAAGCAUUCAAAAGUCUUGAUUUAGCUAUGCAUGAAGAAGAUUCAAAGCCUCGAGCAAUUAUUUCUGAGCUGUUACUUCAUACUUAUGUGUUUGGAAAGAAACAAAUGACACUUACUGAUUCUCAGAUCUCAGUUUUGAUGCAUAUUGUAUUUGAUAUCAUAAAAAGGCCAGCAAUAUCUUCAGAUUUUAACAUUGAAAAAGACAGAGAUUAUUUAAGAAAUAGCUUAGUCCCUCACUGCUCAGGAUACAGUCCAGUUUUUAACUUAUUAGAGCUACAGAAAAUAUUAGAUUAUCUCGAUUUAACUUAUUUCGCACACUAUAACAUGCUAAAAUUUUUAUUUACUAUCAAAAGAGAUCAAAAAAACAUUGUGAUUCAGCCAGAUAUAGACCUUCCUUUACCAAAGCCAGCGCAUAGUGAAGGAGUAUUAAGAGUAAUCAAACCGCCUGAGAAAUCAGAAGAAAUUCCUGAAGGUGCUGAAGAAAAUAAAGAAACCAAAGAAAGCUUGAAAGACAAGCUUUUAAAUUCACUUGAUGAAUCUGUAAGAGUCAAGCUGCUUGAAAAAAUAAAUGAAGCUAAAGAAAAUAUGAUAAAGCAGGUCGAGCAAAGGGAUAAAAAUUUGAAACAAAAAUUGGAAGAAAUUGAAAAAGAAAUGAAGAAAAAGAGAAGAAAAUAA